AUGAGCGAUACCAACUCUGACGACUGGGUUGACUCGCCUAACGACUCGCUAGGAGUAGAUGAGGAUAGACAAAGCGAAGCGGACAACGUGAAUCCUAGUUCAGUUCAGCAGGAUGAGCAGCAAUUUCCGCGAAGGAGCGUGGAAGAAGUAGAGAAGACUGCCGCAAGUACACACAGACGCACCUCAUCUCUAUCAUCGGGCAUCGCAGCCAUGUCACCCACCGAACUCGCGUCUGCCCAGCCGCGCCAACCCAGUCCUCCACCUCCACCGCAUAGUUCCACUUUACCAAAUCAAAUCGAACACACGCCCGAUCACGAUCGGAACCGCUCCCCCAAGUCCUCUUUACCAGACUACCACAACCCGGACUCACCGACGCAGAAAAGGGGGAAAGGCGUCUUUCGCAACCCAGUAGCAGAUACAUGGCGCGAGGACGCGUACAUGAAGAAAGAGCCGACUCAUCAGAAGAUGACCGCUGGAGAAGCCAGCAAGGUGCAAGAUAGGUGGAGAUGCGAGUACUGCGGUCGACUGAAUGACAGGGGGAUUGAGACAACUACGCCGGAAAAUCCAGCCACUACUGAGUCGGCAACACAGAGACGUGAAACGGAGAACAUAAGGAUCGGUGCUGCUGGGCCAUCGCGAGCAUCAACAGAUCCAUUCUACGCCCACGCACCUUCAACUUUCAGCGUGUCUUGCGCGAGAUGCGAAUAUUGCAAAGAGAAGCUCCCUUUCAACAUUUUGACGUACGACUCUGAGGCGGUCAGACAGGUGUUGAGACCAAGGGCUAGGGCUAGAGUAGCACGCAGAGUAGCGUUUAGGCGGAGGGUGAAUCUAAGGAACGAGGAGGCUGAAGCAAACGAUCAGGAAAGAGAAGAGAGCAUGAACCCAAGAGGAGACCAGAGUGAGGAGAAUGAUGCGAGGAAUAAUGAAGACGAGUGGGAAGACGACAACGAAUGA